AGUCUGAGCGCAGAUGUUGAGGAAGUCUGCUUGAAUAACAUGCGAACGGCUGCGUGUUUUUGUACCACUGAACAACCUUGACGGAGAAAAGGUGGACCCUUGUUCGAUAACACGUUACGGGUCGUGUCCAGGAUGGACAGCCCGUGUGACUGGGAGCACAGUAACACAUCUCUAACAUAACAUGGGUGCUGAAGAAAGCUGGCAGCUACAAUAGAGGUGUGCAGGAUGGGGGAGCGGACCGUCGGCGGCCCCGCGGCUGCCAUCUCUCCAGUGCAGCAGAUGCUGGCCUCUGGCACUGGAGCCCUCCUCACAUCUCUAUUUGUCACGCCGCUGGACGUUGUGAAGAUAAGGCUGCAGGCUCAGCAAAGGCCGCUGCACCAAGCUUUAGCCUGUGAAUCUGCUCCAUGGGCUGGUGUCAGCCGCCCUUCCAAGUGGAAAUGCUUCUUGUAUUGCAACGGCCUGAUGGAUCACAUCUACGUUUGUCAGAAUGGCACCAGCUGCAGCAGCUGGUACAAAAAACCCACACAUUUCAGCGGGACUCUCGACGCCUUUGUGAAGAUCACCCGCCAUGAGGGAGUCCGGUCUCUGUGGAGUGGGCUGCCGCCAACACUGGUCAUGGCGGUACCAGCCACAGUCAUCUACUUCACCUGCUACGACCAGUUGCGGGACUUCCUGAGGUUCGGCGUGGGUCUUCACGGCAGCCACGUCCCUCUCCUGGCUGGAGCUCUCGCCCGAUUGGGAGCGGUGACGGUGAUCAGCCCCCUGGAGCUGGUCCGGACCAAGAUGCAGGCCAGACGGUUGUCCUACCGCGAGCUGCAGGUGUGCAUCCGCUCCGCCGUGGCCCAGGACGGUCUGCUGUCGCUGUGGCGCGGCUGGGGCCCCACCGUCCUCAGAGAUGUCCCCUUUUCUGCGCUGUACUGGUUUAAUUAUGAACUGGUGAAGGCCCGGCUGUGUGAGCGGUAUCAAAUGUCUCAGGCCAACUUUUCCAUCAGCUUUACUGCGGGCGCCGUCUCUGGAGCUAUUGCUGCGAUCUUGACGCUGCCGUUUGACGUGGUCAAGACCCGGAGGCAGAUCCAGCUGGGAGAGAUGGAUACUCUCGGAGCUCCCUUAAAGAAAGCCGCAUCCACAUGGCACAUAAUGAAGGAAAUCUGCGCUGAACUGGGCUACAGAGGCCUCUUUGCAGGUUUCAUGCCCCGAGUGAUCAAAGUGGCCCCGGCCUGCGCUGUGAUGAUAAGCAGCUAUGAGUUUGGGAAGGCCUUCUUCCAGAAGGUGAACCUUGAUCGACAGCGGCUGGUCACCUGAAGCCGUCGGUGUGACGGUGGUUGUUCACCAGUGUGAUUACAUAUGAAAGAUAUUCAGGCUUUAUUAUCCAGAGUGAGUCUCCUCAGACACAAGCUAUGUGAACAGGUGGACCUGCAUGCCAUUUCCCUAAUACAAGAUGAGGAUUCACACUCUUUGCAGGGGCACCUCUCCCCAAAAAUGUGCUCUUCGUUGCAACAAGAGACUUGACGCCCAGCGAGGAGCGGGAAUAUGCUUGGAAACUGAAGAAUUUCAGCCGUCAUGUGUGUUUUUAAGAGUUUAUUAUGGAAUAAAACCAAAAAAAAAAAAACUUCUCAAGUGAAGAGACAUUCACUCAAUUAUUCCAGAUUUUCAGGUGAUGGGAAAGAAGUCACAUAUUCAGUCCAACCAUGACCUCAGUCCUCCCACCGCUUUAGUGGUUAAAACUGUUCAAUACUGCAUUUGAAUCUGUACUGUAGCAUGAAUCAGAGUGUGUGAGCUCAUUCCUGCAUUCUGCAUCAGCGGGCUGCAUGGUGCAUCUACACCUGAUUAGUACAGAGACCAGACCAGCUAUCUUCUGCUGCACUUACGUUACCGCAUCAGCUGAAGCCGUUACAGUCGAGCAUGACAGUUUGAGCAACUAUCUGCUGGGUAGAUGAAUGAAUUCCGUUUUUUAUGGUGGAAGUGUUACAUUUUGGGUUGUUUUUUUUGUACAUUUGCAUCACAUGAGCUGUGAAAUUAAAUGGCAUCCACAACUUGUUUGUUUCUUUAUUGGAUGCAUAAUUCUGUUUUGUUCUCAUAGUUUGUUUCUGUGUCAUAAACUCUGCCUUUGGGUAAAGGCAGAGUUUAUGGCUUAUAAUGUCUUAAUUAAUGAGGAUAUCCUCUCUUGAGAGGGAGAAAAUUCAGGAAAGCCUUGCUGGAAUCUAUACGACGUCUUUGUUGGUGCAUGACACGUUUAGCGUUUCACAAAACUAUGGAUUUCGGUGGAAAAUCUGAAUUAGCCAGAACUAUCGUCAAAAUGUUAUCGGGUUGGGCUCUUGAUGGUGAAAUGCUUGUUUCCUCUAUUGACAAUAAAAAAACAAACCAGAACACUGGAUGAAAACAAAAGCAAUUUCUGCCUUAAUUUGAAAGAUGUAAAUAUGUGUCCUUUUGUUUUGUAUUAAUGAAAUUGUAUUAAAAUUAUCAAAUUAGA